GAUAUGAUAUAGGAAACAAAUUUUAUUCACACCCUCUCAGUUUUAAGUUAGCCCGUGAAAUGUUAUAAACAUGGAACCGUGUUUAGUGGAUAAUUUCGAAAAAGUUUGUCGUAUUUGUAUGAAAUUUGAUAAAACAUUUCUUUCAAUUACCUCAUUUCAAAUAAUAGAUAUGAUAAUGGCAUUUGCUUCUGUACAGAUUUGGGAAAAUGAUGAUCUACCAAAUCAAAUAUGCCACGCUUGUUUUCUACAAUUACAAAAUACCUUUAGUUUCAAACAAUUAUGUGAAAAUUCUGACAAUAAAUUUCGUCAAAUUAUUCAGCAAAAUAAAAUUAAUUUACCAAAUACGCCAAAUGAUUUUCAUCAUGUAAAAGAUGAGAAAUUCGAAGAUUACGUUGGUGACAAUUCUCCAAUAGAUAUCAAAGAAGAAGAAGAUAUUUUUGAAAACACACAUGAAAAUGCGUUGGGAAAUGGAAAAAUUAGUCUUGAUAACAAUAAAGAUGAUUCAAAAAAAUCAGAGACAAACGAUAUAUUGGAAAUUAAAAACGAAGACAGGGAAUUGAAUAAAUUGCAAUCAACUAAAUCUGAAAAGGGGAGUGAUACCUGUGAAGAUGAAAAUGUAGUAGUCUUUACGUGCGAGAAAUGUAAUAAAGAAUAUAAAAAAGUAUGGGCAUUGGGUCAACAUAUGCAUCGUAAACACAGAGCGAAAGUAUUAAAAUGUAAUAAAUGUGAAUUAAAGUUUUAUCACCCAUUACAUUUAAAAGAGCAUCAGGAAUCAACGCACAAUCCAUCGAAUCUUACAUGUAAUACAUGUAACAAAGUGUACACUAAUAUUUAUGACUUAAAACGUCAUAAAUUCGAACAUUUAUCAUUACACUGCCAACAAUGUGACAAAUUGUUUAAAGAUAGGAGUUCAUUUAAGAAACAUAAUAGGGCAGUACAUCCACGCGAUAAGUAUGUAACAUGUCACAUUUGUGGUAUUUCAAUAACGAAAAAAGCUCUCGACCGUCAUUUAGAAACCCACAAGGAACAUCGUGAGAAACUCACUUGUGACAUAUGUUCAAAAGAAUUAACUAGCCUGCCAUCGUUACAAAAUCAUGUAACACAAGUGCAUGGGGAUCCAACAAUUGUACGUAAACACUUAUGUAAUAUUUGUGGAUAUUCGGCAUGUAAAUUGUCUAACUUACAAAGACAUUUAUUAAUACAUUCAACCGAACGACCGUACGCAUGUGACCGUUGUGAUAAAACGUAUGGACGCCCCGAUUAUCUAAAACAACAUAUCUCACAUGUACACUUAAAUAUACGUAAGUUUCAAUGUAAAUUUUGUUCACAAACUUUUCCUGAAAGGAGAACGUUAGUGCAUCAUGAACGACGUCAUACAGGUGAAAAACCACAUAAAUGUGAAGAGUGUGGUAAAGCGUUUGCACAAAAAAUUGCGAUGAGAACUCAUAUGAAAACGCAUAGAAAUCCAAAAAAGAAUUUCAUGCAAAAUUUAGAUGGCAAUAUUGUAACAAGUUUAAUAAUCACAGACUGAUUUAAAUUCAGAUAGUCGUCUUAUACGUCCCUUUUACCAUAUCAAGAUUCCUUAAUUCUUUCCUAAUUCCUUGCCAUUCCCAUAGCAAGAUUCUCCGUAAUUUACCGAAUCAAGGAAUGGCAACGACAAGCUCAUAUUGAUUACUGGGAUUUUGCGCAAGGCAUG